UCAAUCUAUUCAUCCAUUAUUUCAUCAAUGGAAGCCAGUACUGAGCUUUUCAUCGUUCUUGCAAUUGUUUUUCAAGCUUUUUUCCUAUCACAUACUCCAGCAGAUGGAAAAGUUUUUACGGACUUGACCCUAUUCAGAGAAUACAUAGGAGCAGAGUUCAAAAACGUCAGAUUUGAUGACGUUCCAAUCAACCCAAAAGUCGACGAAUUCCACUUCAUUCUCUCUUUUGCCAUUGAUGUUGCCACCGGAAAGUCUGCAUCGCCGACGAACGGAAUAUUCAACGUGUUCUGGGACACCGACAAUCUCAGCCCCUCCGAAGUCGUGGCAAUCAAAGGUAACAAUUCAAAUGUCCGAGUGGCCGUGAGCCUAGGCGGAGACAGUUCAGAAAAUGGCGGCCAUGUUAAAUUCACUGCAACCUCCAUUGAUUCCUGGGUAUCCAAUGCAGUUUCCUCGCUCACAAAAAUAAUCAAACAAUUCAAUCUGGACGGAAUCGACAUCGAUUACGAACACUUCGACUCUGAUCCCGACACAUUCGCUGAGUGCAUUGGACAGUUAAUUUCAAAACUCAAGAACGACUCUGUAAUCUCAUUUGCUUCUAUUGCUCCAUUCAGUAGUGACAAGGAUGUUGAAGAUCAUUACUUAGCUUUGUGGAGGAAAUUCUGUCCGGAACUCAUCGAUUUUGUUAAUUUCCAAUUUUACGCCGAAGACAUUUCCAGAGUGACUCAGUUUGUGCAUCGCUUUGAGGAACAAACCAGAAAUUUCAGAGGCGGUAAGGUCUUGGCGAGCUUUAUCACUGACGGUACACGUGGUGGUUUGUCACCGGCUGAUGGAUUCUUUAUGGCCUGCGAGAGACUUAAACGGCGUAAACUAUUUAGCGGCAUCUUCGUUUGGUCGGCCGAUGACUCCAAGGCUAAACGUUUCAAAUAUGAGAAUUUUGCACAGAAAUUCUUAGUUGGGGAUACACAAGAACUGGUCCAAGCUGGGUUCCUCUAAGCCCAAACUGCAGUUAGUAAAUUAUUUGAGUUCAGGCUCAGCCCGUUUACGAAUAAUUGGGCCUAUAUAACAGGCUUUUUGUGAGACUAACUGUGGGCAUUUUCUGG